GUCGCCUUCAUUUACGUUCAAGAACUGGCUCUUGUCGCUACCUUGUCUGUCUGUCAUGGCGAAGAUUGAGACGAUCGUCUUCCUUUCUCUUGUCCUUGAUCUCUUCGCCUUCACUAUCCCUCUACCUCUGUUUCCACGAAUAAUCGAGUGGUAUACCAAGCGGGAAGCAUCCGAUCCUAAUGGUUUCCUCUCUCGUACCCUCGCCGUCGUAUCUGGCUUUCGAUCGCUCUUCAUAAACACAUCGAAAGCCUCACACAAAUGGGACGUUGUGCUGCUUGGCGGUUUCAUGGGUUCUGUCUUCUCAACAUUACAAUUCCUUGUUUCGCCCCACAUCGGCGCCUUGUCGGAUCGAUAUGGGAGAAAGAAGGUUUUACUGAUCACCAUGGCGGGAAAUAUCCUGAGUGCUCUCGUCUGGAUCCAGUCAACUUCCUUCGCAUCAUACAUGCUCUCUCGUGCUAUCGGAGGAUUAAGUGAAGGAAAUGUUCAACUUGCUAUCGCUAUAAUUUCGGACAUCACAACGCCAGCUAACCGUGGCAAAGCGCUCGCGCACGUAGGGAUUGCAUUCGCAAUUUGCUUUAUUAUAGGCCCACCCAUCGGCGCGUACUUCGCCUCUCGCCCCAUCCCAUCUUCUUGGACUGCCGGUGGUUACGAGCUGAACAUCUACGCUGUCCCGGCGUUCUUGACUCUCGUACUGCUUAGCGCGGAGACGCUAUUUUUAGCACUUGCACUUCCCGAAACUCGUGGGACAGUUAUCAAACAUGCAGCCGAGAAAGUGGCGAAUGGAAAGGCAAAUGGGCACAGUAACGGAUCUGCUACUACUACGAAUGGACAUGCUAAGAUUUCUCGUGAGGAAGACGUUGGAAGGAGGUUGAGUUUGUUGAAGACGCUGAAGCACACACAUUUCCUUUUCCUUGGGCUGUUCUCUGGUGUCGAGUUUACGCUGACGUUCCUCACGUUCGAUCUGUUCGACUGGACCAACUCGCAAAACGGCAUGCUAAUCGGAUUCAUUGGGGUCAUCAGCGCCCUCCUCCAAGGUGGCUACGUCCGACGCUCAAUGUCCAAGACAGGAGAAGGCAGAAUGGCGCGAAAUGGCGUCUCCAGCUGUGCACUUGGCCUCGUCCUCCUCGCGCUCGUCCCACAAUUCGUCGGAUCUCGUACAGCCGUCGCUGUGCGCUUACUCCAAGCGGCGGCUGUUUGUCUAGCUUUCACGAGCGCGACAGUCGUCAAUGCACUUACUGCUUAUGCUUCUUUGCAAUGCGACGAAGCUGUCGACCCGGAUACUGGCAAACCGCUUACGGCGCAUCCUGAAUUGGCGAAAGGAAAGGCCCUUGGUCAGUUUAGGUCUUCGGGACAGCUUGGGAGGGCUAUUGGUCCGUUACUCGCAUGUGCAUCAUACUGGACCGUAGGACCAUCUCUCACUUAUGCAGUCGCUGGAGCAGCGAUGUUCAUGUUAUCCUCAAGAAUGAAAUCCAUUGCCGUGAAGCCUCAAAAGACUUCUUGAUGCAUUCAUUCCCACCACCUACCUAUGUAGACACGUACGAAUCAUAUAUACAUAUAUUUAAUUUUGUAAAUCACUUUUGGAAAAUAUUUAUUCACAUCCCC